CAAUAAUGCACCAUCUUGGUCGUUCACUUGGUCUUGACUGUGACUGUCAGGAUUUACAUACUUGUGAGGUGAUAGUACAGGGUGCAGAUGAUCUUAGAAACAAACUUGGACCAGUCAUGUACAGCUCAUCAUUUUCCCCACAAACCAAAGAUCAGCAUAUCAACGAAGUCGUCAUCCCCUGGCUAAGAUACUUUGAAAGAUUAGCACCUCCCCCACCUAAUAUAAAGGACUCCCAAGCUGAAAAAACACCUGAAGACCAAUCUGAAACAGAAGAAAUCCAAAUGAUGUUCUGGGUAGGGGAUCGUAUAACAUGGGUUGACUAUGUUGUUUUUGAGCUCCUAGACACCCAUGUUGAGUUUGGUAAUCUUGGUUUUAAUGGUAAAGCCACACCAAUUGAUGUGCUUGAGAAGUACCCUAAUUUGAAAGCAUUUUAUGAAAAUUUUAGCAACCGACCAAAGUUGGCCAGAUAUCUAAAAGCGGCACACAGGCUUCCAUUCUGGAAGUAUAGAAGUUAAUCUAUCAAAGUUCAGUCCAAAAUUUUGAAAAUUUUUUUGAAGUAUAUAUAAUAUAAGAGAGUCAAUGCUUAUGCAAAGCACUUCACAUCAAAUUCUUUAUAGUCUAGAGGGUUUACUAUACACGUAUAUAACAUCAUCAAAGCUUCUUUGGGGUCAUCAUGCCAUGUUGCACAAUACUGCAAGAUACAUUGUUGAUAUUUCAAUAGUGGUAUUGCUUGAUUGAAGGGUUUUGGUAUCCAUGGAAACCAUGGGGAUUUGUAUUGAAGAUGUUUAUCCCUUCCUAUGAAAAUAAAAGGUMUAAAGACA